AAUACACAAAAUAAUCCAGGGUAUAUCGGAAAAUUGUUCAUAAACUUGUUUACAUGCCAUGAUUGGCAGGCGGAAUGUUUUUCGUGUAAAUAUUCCCAGCGCAUUUAAAAUUAACGCUUUUUACGAUAGGUGAAAACGUUCAAAAUGAAUCUACCGAAUUUCUUGUUGAGAAGGACAAAAGUGGAACAAAUUCAAAAAGGUUACAAAUCGGAUGAUGAAAGCAGAAAUAUAUUUAUUUCGCUCAAGUUUUUUAUGGUAUUUUCUCAAGUCCUCGGCCUUCUACCUCAGGAGAACAUUAGGAGAAAUCUGGAGGAUAUGAGAUUUAAAUGGCUGAGUUUUAAAAUGCUGUACACGAUUGCUCUUAUUUGUUCUUUGGCAGUAGCUGUUUUUUCUUGUCUAAUUUACUGGGCUACCAAUGGAUGUAGUAUUGAUGAUAUUGCCAUUGCUGUUUCAUAUGGCGGCUCGCUGGCCAGCAUGAUUUUGUAUCUUCAGUUAGCCAAAUCUUGGGAGAAACUGAUGAGAUCUUGGCAUUCUAUAGACCUCACUAUGAAUACCAAUUACGGUUAUCCCGAAAUGUUGGAUAGAAAAAUUAAACUCUUCAUGGCCAUGUUUAUUUUUUUAGGAAUACUUGACUAUAUGUUAUGUGCUGGUAAUUUGUAUGAGCAUUUGACAAAUCAGUAUGGAAAAAAUUUGACAACCCAGGUAUAUUACAACACUUCAUUUCCUCAACUGUUUGCAUACGUUCCUUAUACUUAUUUCACAGCAAUCUUUUGUUCCAUAAUCACCGUACACUCCAACUUAACAUGGGCAUUUAAUGAUUUAUUUAUUAUAAUUCUGAGUACCGCAUUAGCUUUAAGAUUUCAACAGAUAUCUCAACGCUUGAAUAAGGAGAGAUUUAAGAUUAACCCGCUAUCAUUUUGGCGCAGCAUACGGGAAGAUUACGACAGGUUGGCAAGUUUUUGCAAAGAACUGGACAGUCAUAUUUCUUCUAUAGUACUGCUGUCAUACUUUCUCAAUAUCUUCUUUUUAUUAAUUCAACUGUAUCACAGCCUGGAACCUAUAUCAUUAAUAGUCAGAAAAAUAUAUUGUAUUUUUUCUUUUGGCUAUUUGAUUUUGAAAACAAGUUCUGUCUCAUUGUACGCUGCAUGGAUUAACGAUGAAAGCAAAGCACCAACAAACGUACUGAACUCAGUAGACUCAUCACUGUACAACGUUGAGAUUCGACGACUAUUGGUCCAGAUCAGCUUUGACAAAACUGCUUUAACAGGUUGUAAAAUGUUUUCAGUCAAAAGAGGCAUAAUACUAAGCGUAGCCAGUGCUAUAGUAACGUACGAACUGGUACUAAUCCAAUUCAGUGAAGCUAAUUUAUAUGAAAAUACUCCGUAACAUGGUGAAAUAGCAUGUUAUAUACGAAACAAGAUGCAAUAGAUGUAUUAAUGUACUUAAUG